CCAUCUCAAACAUGACAACCACAACGCUGUUCAACUACUAUGUAGCUACAUUAAUCAUAGUAUCAUGCAAAUACUUUCCAUUGAUAGCCCUAUCCCAUCAAUAAUGCCUAGUACUAUAUACAUAGUAAAUACCUGGUAUAUAUGUAGUAUCACGUGCGUACCUAUGCACGUAUAGGCAUCCAUGGAUAUCGGAUAUAUCUACCUAUAGCAGCCAUCCUCUUCCCGCCCCAGCCAAACCCCUGAGACGAUCUGUACUUGUCAUACGACGGAGUGAUAGGUAUAAUUGAUAUUUUCAAUCCGAUUACCAAUGUACCUAGUCAAUCUACCCGACUCCGGCCCCUUUCGGGAAUAGUUACCAAUCCUCGGAUGUCCGAUUCGCGUGUAUCUAAUCACGACUCGUGAUUUCUCCGAAAGUUGAAGUAAAAAAAGCAAGUAUACGUUGAUGUCAUUCGUUUCAAAAUCUUAUUUAGGUACCUAUAUAUAAUACUAUGGAGAUACUCACAUACCGCACUACAAGUACAUACGUACCCUCAGUACUUUUACCUAGUACUCUCCUUACUUUCCAAUAGCUCAUUCAAAAUGUCGCCCAGUCUUCUAAUAAAAGAUGUCCGCAUCUUUGAUGGCGAAAAUGAGAUACCAAACGGGAGCGUGCUUGUAGAGAAUGGUCUCAUCAAGUAUGUUUCCCCUGGAUCUUUGGAGGCAACCGAUGAAUCAACCAUCGUCCUCUCAAAACCGGGAUAUACGCUCAUUCCAGGAAUCAUCGAUGGUCACGUACACACGCACCUCGACAAGGAAAACACGGGACUUGCACAAUCUUUGAAGUUCGGUGUAACUACCGCUUGCGAUAUGCACCAAGAGGCGGAAGAUGUAGCUGCCGUGAGAGAGGAAGCCGCACGAAACCCCGAUAUAUCGGAUUUCAAGACUUCAAGUUCGGCUGCUACCGUACUAGGUGGAUGGCCUGCAGCAGUUGUCACCGCCUUUGACACAUCUGAAGAGACCCUAGCCAAGGUUGCCACUUGGCCGAACUUGCAAACCUUGGAUGAUGUCGAGGCUUAUAUUCAAGACCGUAUCAAGGACAAAGCUGAUUAUAUCAAAUUGAUGCACGAAGAUGGAAGCAGUCUAUCCGUCAAGCCGACAGUACCCCCUUUGGAACUUCAGAAGGCCAUUGUGGACGCUGCUCACCGACAUGGCUUUGUAGCCGUCGCCCAUUCUUUGAGCCUACAAGGGACCCUAGAUAUUCUUCGUGCCGGAGUCGAUGGAUUGACACACACCUUCUGCGAUAAGCCGCCGACGAAGGAGCUGAUUGACGCAUAUUUAGCUAACAAUGCCCAUUGUAAUCCGACCUUGGCAACAAUUGGCAGUCUCACCACCGAAGGAAAAAAGGAGCAAGAAGCUUAUGCUCACGAUCCUCGAGUCGAGAAACUGCUAAGUGCCCACGGUAAAGCAGCACUCUGCGAAUGCAUGGCUUUUAGCAGCGAUAGUGCGAGGGUGGAAUACGCUUAUCAAAGCGUCAGGGAGAUGAGAGCGGCGGGCAUUGACAUCAUUCUCGGCUCCGAUUCGGCUGGACCCGCGCGCGGAACGGGCUUUGGUAUUACGGCACAUCACGAACUAGCUCUGCUGGUCAAGAAAUGUGGCUUCACGCCCAAGGAGGCGUUGCGAUCUGCCACUUCCUUGGUAGCCAAAAGACUGCGCUUCCAUGAUAGGGGUAGGAUUGCGGAAGGGUUGAGGGCAGACUUGGUGCUGGUGGAGGGGAACCCUCUCGAGGAUAUCGACCAUACGCUUGACCUCCGGGGUGUAUGGAAGCAAGGAAUUCUUUGCUCGACGUAUAAAGACCUGGUUGCUUGAGGGAUAACUCUGAGAUAGGUACAUGAGCCGUUGGCCCCUGGGUUUAGGGUGCAUAAGGCAUAUAACUCCAAUACCUAGAGAUUCCAUAGUGUUCCCACCUGUCCCUCCAAUCUAUCACUCACUUUGAAUGGACUUACCUGUCACAAGCCUUUGGAAUUUCUCCAACCAAGCAUAUCAAUAACCCAUUCGGCCGUUAUGUGUACAUGUGUACAUGUGCUAGUCACUAAGGUUACAGGAAUUUAAAUCCUGUACGU